AGUUACUGACGUUCCGCGCUGUGAACGAUCGCCCGUUGAUCGUCGUCGCCGUCGUCGUCGUCGUCAUCGGCUUUAACGCUCCGAGUCGAGUGCAAUCGAGUUUUACUAUGCGCCGCUCUUGAUACACAUAUGCGGUCUGUGAAGCCCGUCGAGCGAGCCACCGGUGACUUUGUAUGCACGUAUGGAUGAGAGCGUCACGAUGACCGUACCUCCGCCGCUACCUGCGAAGACGCAGGCCCGGGAUGCGAGCCAGGCCGCUCGGCAGACUGUGUCAAUCCGGACCGUUUCCCCUACCGUCUCGCCGCCUCUCGCCAACGGGCCCGGAGCAACGGUAUUUGUCGGCGUUAGCGCUCCUACCGCCGAUUCCGUGACAACCUGCGGGAGAAGAAUCCCGGAAGUGCAAUCGGCGAACGGCGGCUGCGAGGAGCGGAGCAACGUCGUCGAGUCGUCGCGGCAGCAACGGUGGCAGCAGCAGCCGCAGCACCAGCACCAGCCGGCCGCGCACAUAGUGAAGAUCAGGAUCAACCCGGACGGCGACAAGAACAGUAGGGUGAUAUCGACGGUACGGUUGACCCUGGACGAGAACGAGCGGAAUCGCGAGGCCGAAAAGAGUAGCGGGCGCGAGCGCCCCGACAGACGCGGGGACGGUGCGGUGGUGGUGUGUGCGACAAACUUGGUGAACGAGCGACGCUGCGCGAGUGCCGGUGUCGGUGAGGGCUGUGUGAGGAUCAGUGUCUUCAGCGGCGACCCGGCGACUGGAGCCGACAAUCAGGAGCGCAACAACAACAGCAGCAGCAACAACAACAACAACGACAACAACAACGAAGACGACAACAACAGCAGCGACAACGGAGACAUGGUGCACCGGGGUACCACGGAAACCCUGAACUCGUCCACCCUCGGUGGCCGUUCAAGCGCCUGUUUCUACUACAACUCGUACCAUCAGAGCCCGUUAAGCAGCAUGGUGAUGUCGAGCGGGCAAUGCUCGCCCAGCGACACUUUGGACAGCGGCACCUGCAGCGACCUUGACGGGACGCCGCCGCCGCUGCCGAAGAAGAAGAACGCCAGCACGGUGAUACUGUCCAACAGCACGCACAACCGGACCGGGAGCCUGACCAGCAGCGGCGCCGAGGUCGACAGCGACGACAACGAGAGCAACAUCAGCUGCGACUCCCUGAACGGAGCCGAGGUGAACGGCGAGGCGAGCGAGUACCGAGUGCACGGGACGCCGAAGGACCUUGAGGAAACGGCGGGCGCAGUCGGGAAACUGGGCCGAGUCACGCUGGCGAACGGCGCCGACGACACGAUCGAGAAAUCGAGCGGCGGCCAGCGUCACCAGGUCUCGAUAACGGAACUCGGCUGCGCGGCGCCGCGCUCGCCGGUGUCGUCGGCCAGCGUCUCGCCGUCGCCGUCCGGAACGUCGUCCCUCUCGAAGGCCUCCUCGACGCCGCGGGUGAGGAGCCCCGAGCCCGCGAUCGAGCAGAACGGCCACUCGUCGCCGGUAAUUAAGGAGCGCACGUACGAGGAGAGGAAGCAACGGGAGCAGGAGAGGAUAGAGCAGGAGUGCGCCAACGCCACUCAGACUCGGUCGACUGGUCACAAAUACCUGUACGAGGACGACAGGUACUACAAUUUCCACGUCAACGAGUUGCGCGAUGAUAACAAGAACUCGAACGGCGAGCACGGGGUGGCGGAGAACGACGAGUGCUUCGCCGGUUACAAAAUCCACGACAAGGAAGCCAUACGAAGUGCCAAAGGGACCGUGCGCGGUGUCAAGAACAGAGUACGAGCGGGCAUCGCGACAUUCCUGCAGUCGCCUACCUCCAAGGCUUACGUGGAAAGAGAAAAGGGCAGAGUGGUGCUCUACACGACAUCGUUGGGCAUUGUUAGGGAGACCUUUACCAGUUGUAUGAAGAUGAAGCAAAUGCUGUGGACGAACAUGGUCAAGUACGACGAGGCAGAUUUAUUCCGCGACACGGAAUUACAGAGCGAGCUCAAGGAUCGAACCAAUUCAGAAGUCGUAACAUUGCCACAGCUCUUCGUCGACGGUCAAUAUAUUGGGGGUGUCGACACCGUCGAACGGCUUAACGAGUCGGGAGAGCUACGCCGCAUACUGGAACCUUACCAGUGCAAGGAUGCGUGCGCCGUUUGCAUCUACUGCGGCGGAUUCCAGCGGCUGCUGUGCCCCAUCUGUCACGGCAGCAAGAGGUCCGUACACCGCAACGAGUUCACCGUGGAAUUCGUCGCCCUGAAGUGCGCAAAGUGCGACGUUUUCGGUAUGAUACGCUGCCCGCAUUGCUGAAGGCGUUUUCCGCGAGGGAAUCCACGUACACCUGCUCAAAUAAUUUCUUUUAAUCUCAACGACCGUCUUACUAACUUAUAUCUCUAUUUAAGGUGCUACGAGAGAAUAUUUUACGCUAUGCUUUAAGCAAAGUACAUACACGAAACGCAUACAGACACUAACUAAUCGCGUAGCUGUCGCAUGUUGUAAGAUAUCGGUUAAUAAAACUUUGUGUAAAGUUUUGUAA